GUGAUCAGUAUCAGCCCACCUCAUAUCGGGCGCCGGAGGUUUUCCUGGGUGAUUGGCCACUGACGCCCGCCAUCGACAUGUGGUCUUUUGGGGUCACGAUGCACGGGCUGUGUGUUGGCGAAAGCAUUUUCGAACCGCCCAAAAGAACACUCGCUAUCCCCAACACGGAUCAAUACAAGGACCACAAAAGGCGACUGGAUCUGGAGACCCGACUUGCGGUCACCGGGCCGUGCCCGCGCAGACUGGUGGAUAGGGGGCAGAUGAAGCGGUUUGCUGAGAAGUAUUUCCAGUUGUUGGAUGCGCCGCCAGAGAAAGGGCAGCAAGAUCUCCACGCGUUCAAUAAGGUUGUCGAAAAGCGUGACCUUUCCCUGGGUACGCAGCCUGUCAAACAAGUGGAUAUUUUCCCCAAGCCACAGAAAAACUUCUUCCACCUCAAAAGGGCCCGAGAGCAGCUGCCGGCGCUGCGCCGGCAGCUUGCCGUUACAUCUUCGAUCGUGCGCCCAUUGUUGGACUCGGAAACACGCCGGCGGGUUUUUGAGCGCACAUUCGUGACGGAUGAACACAAGGAGCUUUGUAGGUUCUUCAGUUUUUCCCCUGCUUCGGUCGGGGUCUAUGUUUACCCGACCCUUGCCCCGUUGGAUAAUUACUUGGACUCCCUACCUGCGAGGUUCUACGAUGCAUGGAGCCGAGCGCGCUCCGAAUGCAAGCAAACAGGCACGACUCGUUCUCGUAUUAGUGAGAAGAUUUGUGAUGUCUCCGGGAGCGUCUCGGUCCUUGGGGCCGACGUACUAGCCAGCAAUACCGUGGCGCGGUCCGUCGACACGUUUUCGACAACAGUAGCAGGCCCCACCCCCACCCCGGCUGAGCGAGAGCCCAGAAGCUUUGCACCUGCUUCCAGCGACGCCGCUGUGUCAGCAACACCCGCGGUGCUCAGCGGAAGCGGAACUGGCGGGCCUUUCGCAGCGCCCGUAGCGGACGACCUUAUUUUGCUGCAGCAGCAAGUAGAAGAAAGUCAAAGUUUCGAGAAAGCAUCAGAGCAGAAGAAAACUCAAACUCUGCGGGAACAGCUUCGGGCGAAGCUUCAAGUAGAGUAUUGCGACAUGCUGCUAAAGAUCUUCGAUCUGGACAAAGAGACGCGAAUUACGCCCGACGCCUUGCUUUGCCAUGAGUUUUUUAAGACGUUGAGGAACCUGCUCUACUCGGAGGAAGUUUCUGGUCCGGCAGCUACUGGCGGGGCUAAGUCGCAAACAAAAAACGAGAAACAAUGCCCGGCAGGCGAACAACUGCUGAUGGCUGGUGAGACAGUUCCUCCAUCCGGCCAGGAAGAUAACGACAAAAGUACAGCUGGAAAAACGUCCCGGCAGUGUGGCAUCGGCAAGAGAAAGCGGAGCAUGAGCAGCAGCAGUAGUGGGGCAGAGGGUGCAGGCGCGCCAAUGGACGUAGAUGCAGAGGGCGAUCAAGUGCGGUAACCCCUUCCACGCCAGCCCUCUGGGUGUAAUUGCUUACGGUGUACUGCCUAAGGAAAAUGCGACCGUCGCAGCCGCGCCGUGUCUACAACGCCACGAGACACAUGCCGUGCCUUUUUUGAGUACUGAGCUACGAAAUGCGGCUGCCGCUGACGCAUGUGCCUAUAGUUCUUCUUUGAAUUGCAAUUGUUUUUUCCUUGUAAGUAUGUUUCAUCGUUUAUGUUUUUUGCGAAAGCUCGACUUCGCCUUCCCCAAGGCCCCUAGCGCGCAUGAAGUAUCAUGUGUCAAACCGUGCAUAGUAGGACGAAAACGCGUGCCAACAAAAACAUACUGAGUGUUUUGAAAAUGUUGUUGAUUAAAACGCUUUCGUCUCAUCUGAAGCUGAAGAAACUGAUUGUGAUUAUCCUGUACGCGGGUCGUGAUUGUUUGAAAAAAAACUCUUCGAGG